CGACAAAACUAUUUUACAUACUACAAUCAUAUAGAUGUGUGUAUACUAUAUAAGGAUCGGUUUGGUAGGAUGGUCAGACCGGUGAUAUUCAUGUUUUAUACGGUGGAAUCGAUGUUAUCCAUGUUACUCAUGUACUUUCACAUACGUGGCUUUUUGACCCAACCAUUGGAUUUCCUGCCGAUCUGGAAGCAAAUCAAUCAUUACUUCUAUUCCGCAUCCUUCUAUCUGUUUACGGUCAUAACACUCUGCAGCAGCAUUAAUAUCUGCACUGGACACAAUGUUUCCAUCAGCGAGGAGGUGAUUCGAGCCCUUUCUGGCUUCAUAUUGCACACUGUCAUCUCGCUGAUGACACUGGAGAAUGCGGAACGGGACUUUCAUAUGAUGUACAUCAUGAGCCUGAAGAACGUUGGUGUCGAGAAACCAGUUCAUCCGUUUAUCGAAUACAUGCGAGCUCAGGCGAUUUGUGCGCUAAUCACGGGCGUUGCUUAUCUGCUCCAUGCCAUCCUGGCCAUCGAUGUCUUGUUGUCGGGCAGUGAAUCGGAUGAGGAUAAUCUCGAUGAUGAUGCCGACUAUGCGCCGGUGCGUCUUUAUAUAUUCGGUGAGAUGAUUCAGUCGCGUCUUGAGAAAUAUGAAUGGUUUAAUGAGUUCUCACGUGGCCAACAGAUGCCAAUUUAAUCAAAUUCUCAAUUAUGCACACUUGUAUUUCUAUAUAUCAA